UUACCUCGCGGUUGGAUUUGUCUUGAGCUCUCCGGGAGCGCGCCACAAAGCGGGCCCUGCGCCUCUUCCUCCGCCCGCGGCUCCUCAGCGCCAGGCUCCGCGGUUAACUUCCCCUCGCCGGGCUUGGCCGGCUGGCGUGGUAGGCGGCGGCGGAACGCCAGGCUGUCUCCUCGCGCCCACGACACACACACUUCCCCCGCUCCCUCAGGGUCUCGGGGGCCGUGCAGGGAUUCCGUCCUCCGGCAAUUGUCCGGAAAUAAUGCAAAAGGUGUCCCAAGCCUCCUGAUCAGUGAACAGAGAUUUGAGAAAGACAGCCAAGCUCAUGUUUUCUCCUGAUCAAGAAAAUCACCCAUCCAAAGCCCCUGUAAAAUAUGGUGAACUUAUUGUCUUAGGGUAUAAUGGGUCUCUCCCUAAUGGCGAUAGAGGACGGAGGAAAAGUAGGUUUGCUUUGUUUAAAAGACCCAAGGCAAACGGGGUGAAGCCCAGCACUGUGCACAUUGCCUGUACCCCUCAGGCCGCAAAGGCAAUAAGCAACAAGGACCAGCAUAGCAUAUCAUACACCUUAUCUCGGGCCCAGACGGUGGUGGUUGAAUACACUCAUGACAGCAACACGGAUAUGUUUCAGAUCGGUCGGUCGACUGAAAGUCCCAUCGAUUUUGUAGUAACUGACACAGUGCCGGGAAGUCAAAGUAACUCCGACACGCAGUCAGUGCAGAGCACGAUAUCAAGGUUUGCUUGUCGGAUCAUAUGUGAACGGAAUCCCCCCUUUACUGCACGGAUUUAUGCCGCAGGGUUUGACUCCUCAAAAAAUAUCUUCCUCGGGGAGAAGGCAGCCAAAUGGAAGACUUCAGAUGGGCAGAUGGAUGGCUUGACCACCAAUGGAGUCCUUGUGAUGCAUCCCCGCAAUGGGUUCACGGAAGACUCCAAGCCCGGAAUCUGGAGAGAAAUAUCAGUGUGCGGCAAUGUGUUCAGCCUGCGGGAAACCAGGUCUGCUCAGCAGCGGGGGAAAAUGGUGGAAAUUGAAACCAAUCAGUUACAAGAUGGCUCAUUGAUCGACCUCUGUGGGGCCACGUUACUGUGGCGCACUGCCGAAGGCCUGUCCCACACCCCCACCGUGAAGCACUUAGAAGCUUUAAGACAAGAAAUCAAUGCAGCCCGACCCCAGUGCCCUGUUGGCUUCAACACACUAGCAUUUCCUAGUAUGAAGAGGAAAGAUGUGGUAGACGAAAAGCAACCAUGGGUCUAUCUAAACUGUGGUCAUGUCCACGGCUACCACAACUGGGGAAACAAGGAAGAGCGGGACGGAAAAGAUCGGGAAUGCCCUAUGUGUAGGUCCGUGGGUCCUUACGUCCCUCUGUGGCUUGGAUGUGAAGCGGGAUUUUAUGUGGACGCCGGCCCUCCAACCCACGCGUUCAGCCCGUGUGGGCAUGUGUGUUCAGAAAAAACAACCGCCUACUGGUCCCAGAUCCCACUGCCUCAUGGUACUCACACUUUCCACGCAGCCUGCCCCUUCUGUGCACAUCAGCUGGCUGGUGAACAAGGCUACAUCAGACUGAUUUUCCAAGGACCUCUAGACUAACAGUUGCCCUCCAGGACUGCAUUACAAAUUUAUAAGCUAAGAGAUUGGGGAUUUCCAACCCUCUGUCCACGUCACCGUUUCUCUGCUCUGAUCAUUUGCAUUAAGAUGAAGAAUUUUUCUAAACAUUUGUAAUAAAUAGUAGCCAUUUCUGAGCAAAAAUCUGGGAAACUCAAGUAAAGGGUUUCUGAAAGUACCAAACUUCUGAAUCCUGAGUUCCGAAAAUAUUUUAAGGAGAAAAAAAAAAGACAGUCUAAUUUGAUGCCUUCAUGUUAGUGUUUUUGAAUCACCCCAUCCCAUCCUCAGUGUUGAGAACUUGUUUUGUAUAGCCGAGGUACUGUUGGUUCAAACUCUGUUAGUUUACAGUGUGUCACAAGCAUUGUAAAAUACAACAUGUAUAAUAGCUCCCGCCCCCCCUUAUUUAUCUUUAUUAUAGAAAAUACCUUAGAGCGUCACGUCGGUAGAGUAGCAUGAUAGUGACGGGGGCACAUCCUGGAUGUGACCGGUAGUUUAGCGAGCACAGUGCCAGGGUUUGCCGGGUUAGGAUGGAAGGACACGCGAGCCUCUCCCCACCACCUCAUCUAAACAUGGGAUUUGGUAGACAAGAAUACAUUUUUAUACCAAAUUCCUAUUAAUUACCAUUGUGUAAGAUGCGUUUGAUUUUAACCACAUGGAAGAUAAUCAGGAAAGAUAUUUUUUUCUCCUUAAUGUUUCUCUUGAGUGUAGUACUAUAACAAAAACUUAAUGCUAAGAAACAUUUUAUAUGCUCCUUUGAAUAUGCAAUUUAAUCUAGAUUAUCUAUUUUUCUCCCAUGAUUACUAACCUCUUUUUAGUAUCAGCAACAUUUGGCAAGUUUAUUUUUUAGAUAUAAACUGUGGUUCAUCUGUUCACUGUUUCUAGAAAAGAAGAAAAACCCAUUCCCUUGAGAAAACAUAAAUUAACACUUGAAAGGAGUGUGACUUGAUUUGCUUUCAGAAAAAGAAAUGCUUAAUUAAUUUUUCUAUAUCUGGCCUUAUCCAGGCCUUAGGAAAUCUAGAGAUAAAGGGUUGAGUGACAACAGUGCCUGCCUUCGCCCCGCCCCCUUCCCAACUUUUUGGGUUGGUUUUUAAAUCUAGCAGACCAGCUUCAACAGUGGGUGUGAAGCCUAAGGAGAGUCACCCUAGUGGGACUCAAACACUGGGCUGGCAGGUGAGCACCGGGAACAGCAGAGAGGAGGGACGUACUUGCAUUGUCUGUUUAUUCUCUAAUUUCAAUGAAUUCUUUGCUUGCAAAAGCAAAAAGCAGUCUCUUGCCACCACCCCCUUUCCCCUCUUCUCUCCUCCCCACCUUUUUUAAAUGUACCACAAGAAAACUAUAGACAGUUGCACUACAUCAAACCCUAUUGUGACACUUACAGAAAUUGGUAGACUUUUAGAUUAGACAAACUCAUUUUUUUAAUCCUUUGUUUUCCUUUAGUUCGAAAAGUUGUAGAAUACUUUACUGAUGGUAGCACAUUUCUGUAUGUGAUAGCAUAGCUUUAAUUUAACCUGUCUUAAUGAUGUUCUGAAUUUUCUUUUGGUUUUAUAAAAAAGAAGAAAGCCUUUGUUGCUUAGAAGCCAUGAGCUAUUUUAUUUUACUUGCGCUCUCAACAUUUUCUUUGUUCUUAAAAAUGAUCAUUUGGGUUCACUCAGGAAACGCAUGUCAGGAAACUUGUAUUGUAAGUUUACUAGUUGUUAUGUAUCAGUAACUGCUGUUGCCCCCCUUUUUCAAAGAAAGAUCCUUGAUUUUGAGAUUUCCUAGGCUGUCACAUACCCGUGACUAAUGCAAGGAAAUCCAGUCCUGUGUUGUAUUUGUUCUAAUCAUUUCUAUUCAGGCUAUAUAUUGUAGCUAAUUUUUAUUUGCAAUUAAUUUAUUCAAACUAAGUAAAAUACUUUUCAAAAUA